AUGCAGCCGCCUGACCCUCCGCCUGGAGACUCUCCCCUCGCGUCUCCUGCUUCUGCCUCUUCUGCUCUCCACCGGGCGUCUGGGGAUGCACCCGCAGGCGACGCUCCAGACGUCGCUGCUCGGGAAGCGGCGUUGUCGCUCUCAUCUGGAAGCGCCUCGCCACCUCCGUUGACUUCAGGACCGAGCUGCCUUCUUCCGGUGGGGACGCGCGUGAUGCAAGAGCAGCCUGUCUCACCCUCUGCGUGUCUCUCUUCCUCGCAAGAGCCUCCCGCGUCUCCCCACAGCCACAGGCCUGCUGCGCCUUCUGCAGGCCCCGAUGAGCAUGCAGUGGAGUCUGGGGAGUCUGGAGGUCGGCGAAAGCCUUCGAAUCAGGCCUCGAUCUGUGCCUCUCUGAAGCCGGAAACGCCAGGCGCAGCUGCGAGUCUCUCCAUGUGCGACGCAGCCGUGGUGAUCGUCGUGGAUUUAAAUAGACAUUUCUGGAGAAAUCGACACCUUGCCUUCUGCAGAGACGAGGCGAAGAAGGGCAGAGGCGCCGGCGAGGAGGAGCAACCGCUCCUCGCCUUCCUGCACGUCCUCGAGUGUGCGCUCUGCGGCUUCGUCCGCGCUCUGACGCUUCUCACGCCCUGCAGUGAAGUGGCUGUGGUUGGAAUGAACGAACGAACCAGCGCUGUGUUAGUGGCGGGCCGCGUGCCGAAUUUGCUGGUGGAGGCGGCUGGACUCGGCGGCUUCUUUUCCACCAUGAUGGCGCGCGUUGCUCAGUUCGCCGCAGGUCUCCCUCUAUCUCUGGGUCCUCCAUGCCGGGGCUCGACAUCUGUGGAGACCGAGGAACGAAGCGCUUCUUUGGAUCGACGCCCGCGUCUAGGUCAGCACGGCUCGGACCAAGUCAAGAGAGUCAAGACUGAGCGAGCUGAGGCGGACUGCUCUGUCCGGGUCAAGACAGAAAAUCUCGAGAGCGCGAAAAGAGCAGCGCCCGCCGAUGGACUCGCAGGCCGCAGUCGCUGGGACGCUGCCCCGCGGCCAACGACUGCCUGCGGCGAAGACUCGAUGCUGGCGGGGGCUCUAUCCCUCGCGCUGUGUUGCCUCAACAAGGUUUCCAAAAGGAGUGCGAGGACGCCGGAGCGACGAGUUCUCAUCCUCGACGGGUCUCUUGAUCGUUCCUAUUCGUCGCAGUACAUGCCGCUGAUGAAUCUGGCCUUUGCCGCAGCCAAAGGAAAUAUCGUCAUCGACUGCUGUGCGCUGAGCACAAACCCUUCUACGAUUCCGGAACAACUGUGUGAUAUCUCACGCGGUGUGCACCUAAAGUUCGCGCAGGCUGCUCCUUCGGCCUCUACGAGCGGCAGUGCUAGUCUUGACGGCGGCCUGGCGCUUCUUCAGUUGCUUCUCUUUUGGAUUUUUCCGUCGAUGUCUUUGCGGCCUGCCAUUGCUGCCCUCUCUGUGCACCGGGGACGGAGCAACACGGCCGUUUGCUUUUGCCACCACAAGCCCGUUGAGGUCUGCUGCAUCUGCUCCUGCUGUCUCGCAAUAUACUGCUCCGAAAAGGACGCACAGACGGGCAAAGAGAGAAUCUCCUGCGACGUGUGCAAGUCACGCUUUUCUCGAGGACUUUUAAAGAAUAAAAUGGCAGGUGGAGUGGAUCUUCCAAACUAUUAACAGCGAGAGGCGGAUAACGUUCCCGGUUACUUUGCGUGAGAGGACAGUUUCGACACAUGAGCGGCCGCCUCGCACCUGAGCGUAGAACGCUCGCUGUCGCGUCUGUCUCCGCGAGACUGGCAUGGGUGUAACACUGUUGCUACACGAGGCCAUGCAGUCAUUUAGCUCGAGAUAGCUUGACUGCGGUCCAUGCCCGAACGGCUAUCCGGAUGCCGCUGUGUUUCUGUGUGGUGGCCAGUCAAUUGCCACACGCCAGCACCUGGAUGUGGGGCCGUGUCAGGGUGGUUGUCUCAUCUUGAGCUGCGACAAUUCCGUGUGUUACUCUCGGAU